UCUUUUUGGAUCAUACGUAAUUUUGACGAGAUUAAUGUUGCUAACAAUUUUAAUCAAUGUUAUUGAAUUGAAUGUACAAUAAAGAAAAUGGUUGAUCCGAUAUUUGAUUAUCAGUUCAGGCUUAUCCUAAUCGGAGAUAGCACGGUCGGCAAGAGUUCUCUGCUUAAGUAUUUUACGGACGGGAAGUUCGCUGAGCUAUCUGAUCCGACUGUGGGCGUAGAUUUCUUCGCUAGAAUCAUCGAGAUCCAAGAUGGAACAAGGAUUAAACUACAACUCUGGGACACGGCUGGACAGGAGAGAUUCCGUUCCAUCACGAAAUCGUAUUAUAGAAACUCCGUUGGAGCUUUGUUGGUGUACGACGUCUCAAACAGAUCCAGUUUCGAACAUAUACCAUUAUGGAUGAUGGAAGCCAAGAGGCACAUAGAACCUCACAGACCAGUGUUCGCAUUGGUUGGCUGUAAGCUCGACCUAGUCGGAAGUGAUAACAAGAGUGAAUCAAGACGAGAAGUGUCAUGUGAAGAAGCCAGGCUAUUUGCUGAGGAAAACGGCCUACAUCACAUAGAAACAUCAGCAAAAACUGGAUUAAAUGUCGAGCAGGCAUUUGUACUUGUAGCUCAAGAAGUCUACAACCGAAUCCAGACUGGUGAGUAUAAAGUGGAAGACGGAUGGGACGGAAUAAAAACAGGAUUCAAUCGACCAAAUGGUACUGAUUUCAAUUUACUUGAAGCAGAAGCUGUACACUCAACGUGCUGUUAGAUGAAGAGCAUAAAAAGGCUAUGUAAAUAUGAUUCACAAUAGUUGUAAUUGAUAUUUAAGGAUAAAUAUACUUUUUUGUAAUAUCGAACAGGUAAUGUAGUUAAUGUUCUAAUUACAAUAUUUGGGUUAAUGAAGUUCAUAAUGACUAACUUGCAGUGUUAAAGAAUGCAGCAACUCUUUCUUUUUAUGUUUAAUGCUACUGUCUGGUGUUACUUUAUUUACGGUUUAUUUAUUUAGUAAUAUUGUACAUGAACUAGAAAGUUUCCAGUAUGUAGUUAUUGACGAUGCUUAUUGAGCAAAAUCCUUUUUUUCGUUUUUUAUAAGCCAAUGUUGACCAGUGUUAUCGCACCCUAAUUGGCAAGUGAUUCCUCAUAUGACAUUAAAGCUGUAUGGUUUAUGAACUGUAUUUAUCAAUAAACACUGCGUAUGAGUAAUGUGAAGCAAUAUCUAAAACAUAAUAAAACAUCACUACUGCCCUCCAUAUUAAUAAAUGAUUUGAGUUUUCGUUUAAUUAAGUACUUAGGACAUAUUAUAUACACACACACACACAUACUUGCUAUUGGCAUAAAUAGGGUUAUAUAAAUGUGUUAUGUAGACAUAGGGAAAAUAUAUGCGGGGAUUAUACACUAGCCCAGAAAUCAUAUAACUGAAUUGCACAUUGCAUUGGCUUGUUGAACGUAAUAUCAAGGUUCCCAAAGCAGAUAAAAUCAAACAAUGUUUGCAACCAGAUUUGUAAUACUUUUACAUGUGCAUGGUUAACAGAUAUAGCUUAUCAAAAAAAUGACUGUUAGCAGAAAUUACUGUCUGAGAUUGAUAAACUCUGACCUCAUUCCCCCGAUUGAGAUGAAACUUUGUACAAUUGUCAGUUUGUGACAUUUCAGAGACAUUAGUAACACAAGGGCACGAGUCAUUUUAAAUUCAUUCAUUUCAUUAGGCCGCGAUCACGCUGCAGUUGGCGGUAGUAUUGCG